AUGAUUCGAGUCGAGCACCUGGGUGUUGGAAAUCGGAUGUGUGCAGCGGGAUCUCUGAAUUCAUUGCAGGUGGUCAAUGUUGAGCGAUAUGAGAAUGAAUGGACAGAGAUAGUCAAGAUAGAGACACGCAGCGGCGCUUCAAUUGUGGUGACGUCUACGCAUCGGAUUGUAAUGCAGCAUGGCACAAGGACGGAGGCCGCUCAAGUAAGAGAAGGUGACCUGGUGAAGACGGCCAGCGGGCAUGCUCCAGUCAUCUCUGUCGCACGGCAUGCCGACUGCUUCACCAUCUUUCAGGUGAUGUUCAGCCCCGACGAGGCGGUUGAGGCACAUCUGACUUGA